AGGAAAAAAUCAUCCGUCUCUACUUCCCAGAGAGGGAAAGAGCUUCCCACCAUCUGACUUCAGAUAACAGUAACAGUGCCCUGUCUUGAGCUCUCACUGCGGUCAGGCGCUGAGUUGAGCGUUCUGCGUGUCAUAUCUUAUGUACCCACAACAAACCUAAAAAGGAUUAUAAUCUCCCCACUUUACAGGUAGAAUGAGGCUGUGAAGGGGCGGCCAGGACUGGGAUCUAGGUCUGAAUGUUCCAGAGCCAGCUCUUAACUACACGGGGGUGAUGGUGCCGGGGUGGGGAGUGGUUUCUAGGCCUUUAUUUUCGGGGAGGAGUAACUCUCCCUACCCCAUGAUCCUGGGAACCCUGGGGUCUGGCUGUGCUGAAGCCCAGUGGGAGAUGAAGGAGCGGAGCGGGUUGCAGGGGUCCACACCGGCCAGUUCCCAGAGUAUCUCUUAAGGGGAUCCUCCCUGUGCUUCAACUUUCCCGGCUGUUUCCUACAUUUCCCCGCCUCUCCCGGGCCGGACUCGGCGCGUCGUCACCCCCUACUCCCCCACCCCUGGGGACCCCCGGAGCUGCCAGCUCUCCAGGAAUUGGGAAAUUCGUGACGUUCCCUGCCCAGGCUUCGCCAAGGGCGGGGGAGUGCUGCAAGGGGCCAUCGCGCAAGUGCGGCCCCGGUCUCCGCCGCAAACGGCCGGCCUCACCUGGGGCCGGGGACUCCGGGAGGAGGCACGCCAAUUGGCGCACCGGGCGGUCCUGGCGUCCCUGUCUUUCCCAUCGCCCGGCUGCGAGACUCGCCGCCUCUGCCGCCCCGCCCGCAGGUGUGCGGUCGCUUCCCUCCGCUCCCCGUUAUUCUUUGCAGACGCUCCCCGGCGCCGGGCAUGGGCGCCGCCGCCGCCGCCGCCGUCGGUCCUCGGGCCGGAUUCCGCGCGCGGGUGGGUGAGCGUGGGGCCCCGGCCAGUCCGACCCCGGGCACCUGCAGGCCGUGGGGGUGGUGGUGGCCGCGUCGGCACCUGCGGCCAGGUGCAUCCCCCGCUGAGACCACUUGCCACCGUCGCUCCCCCUCCCACCCGCGGGACAAAGGGCGGGGGCGGGGGCGCAUCCCCACUCACGACCUUCCCCCGCACUGCGCACGCGCCCAGCUCCCCAACGGGUGCCAGGCCUUGAUCGCCCACUGCCCCUGAGGCUCUUAGCUGCUGGGGUCCGCGGGAGGCCGCGCCAUGAAUGAGCGAAACAUUAGCCGGAGGAGGACAGGUGAGGAACUGGACCCCGCUCCACCCUCCGCCCCACAGCCGCUGCCCGCCGUCCCUGCCCUUUCCUCUCCAGGGCUGCGUGGUUGGGGGCUGGUCCGAGGCUCCUUGGGACUUCCCUGGGGUGACCCUGGCCUCUUUUUUCCAGUGAAGAAGGACAAUGAGGCCUUCGAGAUUUCCAUCCCCUUCGACGAGACGCCCCACCUAGACCCACAGAUCUUUUACAGUCUGAGCCCCUCUCAGGGAAACUUCGAGGAGCCUCCGGAGGCUGCGUCCCCGACUGUGGCCCUGAUGAACGGUGUCAGGGCCCAGCUGCACAUGGCGCUGGAGAGGAACUCAUGGCUGCAGAAGCGCAUUGAGGACCUGGAGGAGGAGAGGGACUUCCUGCGGUGUCAGCUGGACAAGUUCAUCUCCUCUGCCCGCAUGGAUGCAGAGGACCACUGCCGGCUGAAGUCUGGGCCCCGGCGGGCUGAGGGGGAUGGCAGAGGCGGGGCUGGGGGCGAGGCCUCAGACCCCGAGUCGGCGGCCUCCUCACUCAGCGGAGCGUCUGCACAAGGCAGUAACGGGGAGAGGAAGAGGCAGAAGCAGAAAGGGGGCACUGGCCGGAGGCGCUUCGGGAAGCCCAAGGCCCGGGAGAGGCAGCGGGUGAAGGACGCCGACGGUGUGCUCUGCCGCUACAAGAAGAUCCUGGGCACCUUCCAAAAGCUGAAGAGCAUGUCUCGGGCCUUCGAGCACCACCGAGUGGACCGCAACACGGUGGCGCUGACCACGCCCAUCGCGGAGUUGCUCAUCGUGGCCCCCGAGAAGCUGGCGGAGGUGGGCGAGUUCGACCCCUCCAAGGAGCGUCUGCUCGAGUACUCGCGCCGCUGCUUCCUGGCCCUGGACGAUGAGACCCUCAAGAAGGUGCAGGCCCUCAAGAAGAGCAAGUUGCUGCUUCCCAUCACUUACCGCUUCAAGCGGUGAUCCCGCCCCACCUGGCCCGGGACAGGCCCCCGGCCCCUCUUUCCCUCCCCCUCCGCCCUCCCAGCACUGGUCAAGCGUGUGUAGGAGUGGUGGACCCUCACGAGGGCAUGGGGCGGGUGGGUGGCCUGUUUCUGCGCGUGCCUCUCUCCUUCCCCUCCUGCGGACCGCCACCCCCUCCCCGGGUCCCCUGUAUAUAGAUCUGCCCCUUUGCCUCUCUCAUUCCUAGCAUCCUCCCCGUCCUCCGCAUUCCCUGGGGUGGGGGCGGUCCAAGAACUACUGUCCAGGGGCCGGUUUCUGCCCUUUCCUAAACACUGGCACCCCCUCCCACCUGAGCGGCACCGUCCUGCCGUCACCCGGCCCUUGCUCCUGGGAAAACUGCGGGACUGCGGGGCGACGGCACUGUACAUACCCCGUUGCCGCCCCCAGCCCCGAGGAGAGGCUGGCCCACCUGCCCGCCCUGCAAGGAGCUCCCCAACGCGUUCCGGGACCGCCCCGAGUCCACGUGAGACAGAGAAUUAUUAAGAGAAUUUAAAUUAAAAAGAGAUGAUAAAAUUUGGAAUAAA